AUCGCGGCUCCUGGUCCGGCCGGCAGUAGCGGCGGCGGACACGCGCCACCAGCCCGCCACAGUAAACAAGCUGCCGCUCGCAUGGCUCCGGGGACCUUUAACCGCCGACCACGAGCUGUCUGCGUGUCGCCGGAGCCGCUAACAUCGACCGUCGACUGAAAGCGCCUCGCGUCGACGGGAGGCCGCUCCUCGGAGAGGAGAAGGUGAAAUGUAACAGUCGAGUCCGCGGAGAGUAAGCCUGAGACCCGGUGCGAUAGUUGCAUGCUGCAUGUCUGUCAUAAUCACCCAUCGCCCACCUGCACGUCCUCUCAGCUCCGAUGCACGGACCCCUCUUUAGAGAUGUGGGCCGUGUGUUGCCUUUCCACGCAUGCUGUGCUGUGAAUGAGGCAUCAUGAGGAAAGACAGGGAUAACCCUCUGGCGCUGUCGCCCAAGAGACCCUGCCAGAGCCGGACGGACUAUGGACGGGAGCUGGAGAGGCUGCGUGCCGACUUGGAAGCGGAGAGGAGGCGAACACAGCGGGCCCGCGGACACCUCAGUGUGGAGCUAAGGCGCCUGCGACAAGAAGCGGAGAGGGAACAGCAGAGGGCCGUGAGGGAGCUGACGGCAAGGCCUUGGUCCCAAAAGGACAGGCACUCGGACAGACGCAGGCGUCCGGUGGCGAAGGAGGUGAACGUUAAAGACGCUGGACGACACAGUAAGGAUGAGUUUCCAGGGAAAGAGGCUGUUUCUUCGUGCAGUGGAGAAACACGCACGAAGCUGGAGCUGUUACUGCUGAGACUCUACGAGGAGAUAAAUGGUGAGCAGGCAGUCCACAAACUGCAUCCACGGCAGGAAUUUGAGCUAGAGAAGUCCAUCUUCCUCUGCCAGUUGCUAGAGACCCACGGGAGACGGCUGCAGGCAGGACAGAGAGCAGGACCACCCAGCUCCGUUUUUAAAAGUCUCUCAAGAAAGCCAACUCAGGAAGACGGAGACAAAUCCUGUCAGAGACAUCCGAGAUCCCCGAUUGCCUCCCACUCAGCGAAGAAGAACACCAAACAAGAUCAGCAAAAGCAGUCCCCGGGCAGGGCCUUGUGUGCAGCUGACCCCUGCACCACUGCCGCAGUCGUGGACACCUGUCAGAGCGGCUCUCUGAAAAUUUGUCACCCUCACAGCACUCCCCAUGCAGGCCGGGACGACCAGCCCCCCUCUUGCAGCGAGUCCUCCGGGUCAGACGAGUCCUCGCCCUCCAAAUGCAUGGACAGAAACAUGGAGAGAGUGAUGUAUGACCUGUGCACUCGGCCUGAGCAGCCUGAGCCUGCACCUGCACACGCAGGGAUGGAGAGCCGCGAGGAGGCGGAGGCUCCUGGACGACGGCAGCAGGAGUUCAGGACGUCCGAGGAGCAGGUUAAUACACAACAUGGGCUCUUGGACAAGGCGGCCCCGACAACGGCUCAUGUCACGUCAACAUCACUGCUAGGAAAGAGGCACCACUCGCUGUAUGCAAACCUCAACGGCUUUGAAGUCGAAGGGAUAUGUAAGAAUGGCACGGACUAUGGCUUCCUGGUGCGUCAGAACUCUGAACUCCUGCGAGCCCUCGAUGAGCUGGAGAAGACUUGCACCACGCUGAGGGAGGAGAAUGGCCUGCUGCGGAAGAGCAGCGCCCCAGAGACUGAGGAGAAGGUCAGGCGGCUGAGGAGAAAGAACACAGAGCUGGCUGUUCUCGCCAAGAGGCUGGAAGAGAGAGCUCGGAAACUGCAGGAGGCCAACCUCAAAGUGGUGAACUCCCCGUCACUGAUGCGACCCGGUUCGGUGGAGCAGUACAAGAGGGCAUUUGCCCGUCAGCGAGCGCGGGACCUCGCCCAGCACGCGGAUGCACUGCUGUCCAAGGACAAGGAGAUCGCCGCCUUACAGCAGGAGUGCAGAGAGAUGGAGGCACGACUGGGCACCACUAAGGGCUCCGCUGUUCCAUCUGGCAGGGUGGAAUUUGAGAAGGCUCUCAGGGAGUCUCAGAGGGAGGUGCUGCGGCUCCAGAGGCAACUGUCGGUCACAUCAUCCACUCGGCAGCAGAACCACAGUCCCGACCCCAGCGGCCCAGAGAAGUGUGGGGACACUGUGACGGAGGACAAGGUUGUUGGAGAGACCCCGUGUGUGGCAUUAGAUGAAGCUCCAUCCAGGUGUGAGAAGACUCCCGCAGAGGAGGAGUCGUGGCUGCAAGUGACGCCCCCACCGGGCCUCAGCCCAACCCCCUCCCAUCAGGAGGAACACACAGAGGAGCAGCGCCUACAGUUUCUGGAAAGUGAGCUGAGCAAGAAGCGAAAAGAAUGUGAAAACCUUGAGCAUGAAGUAAAGAAGCGACAGAAGAGAUGUCUGGAUUUGGAGAGCCAGCUUGAGGAUGAGCGGAGCAAAAAUGAGCAACUAAAGGAGGAGGCAGAUCUCCUCAGGAGGAAGGCACAGCUGCUCGACCAGACUCGGGCUGAGAAUGAGGAGCUGAGGGAAGAUCUCUCUGAAGUGACCGCUCAACACAAUUCAGUUCUCGAGGAGAACCAGAGACUCCGUGCCAAACUGGAGAACCUAGAGCAGGUCCUUAAGCAUAUGCGAGAGGUCGCCGAGCGAAGGCAGCAGCUGGAAUUGGAACAUGAGCAGGCACUGGCUAUCCUUAAGUUCAAACAGGAUGAAAUCAAACGGUUACAGAGGGCUCAGUUAUAUGCCAAGAGGGAGCAUGAAGGAGUGGUUCAGAUGCUGGAGGAUUUGACUCAGCUUGUGUUGCGGAGAGAGCUGUCAAAGGUGCGAGACUUGGAGGACAAAUGUCGCAGCCAGAGCGAACAGUUUGGCCUGCUGUCCCAGGAGUUGGAUAAGUUUCGACUGCAGGCAUCGAAGGUGGACCUGGCUGGCACCACCAUCCUCAAUAAUCCGACGAGCCUCUCUGCUCUGACCAACGGGGUGGGCCUGACCACUGAGCGAGACUGCACUGAUGGCUCAUGGGAUAUGGUGUCCCUGGGUGAAAUAGCCUUCUGGAGUCUUGAGGGAGGUGACACUGUCUCCUGCUCUGAGAGUAAUGAUCCGCUCGAUGUGGCGGCUGCGCUGCGCAUGGGGGCCACCCCCCACGCCGCAGGGCUGUCCAGGGUGGAGCGCUCGCCCGUCACCAAGCACCGAGAGCUGCCCACCAUCAAUGUCAGCAAGUCAGGCUCUUCCUCCAGCAAGUCAGAGACCACGCACCUCACCCCCAAAUCUGACACCCACCUCAGUCCGCACAAAUCAAGCCCAACACACGAGGUGGACACUGCAAGUGAAGUAGAGGAGCUGGACAUUGACUUAGCCCCGGCACCUUACACAGCCAGCAGAGGAGCAGCGAAGCUUCAGGUUUUCAUUGCAAGAUAUAGCUAUAAUCCUUAUGAUGGCCCCAACGACAACCCUGAAGUGGAGCUACCACUUACUGCUGGAGAAUACAUCUAUGUGUAUGGAGACAUGGAUGACGACGGCUUCUAUGAAGGCGAGCUGAUGGACGGACGGAGAGGGCUGGUCCCCUCUAACUUUGUGGAGCGUGUAUCGGACGACGACGUCAUGAGCACGCACCAUCCAGAGACGGGGGACGUGUCCCACAACUCCCUGCUUGACAGCAUCCUUCACAGUGCCAGCCACCAACAUCACCUCCACGUGGGCGCCAGCACCUCAGAAAGGACAGAGGCCCCUGCUACCUCUGGCCCAGCCUCAGCCCCCUCGGAUUCAGCAUCGGCCUUGGCUGUCCCAGCCCCCCUCACUAACGGCCUGGACUUGGAUUGUGAGGAGGUGGGAGUAGACAUUGUGCCUUACCCACGUAAGCUCACCCUCAUCAAGCAGCUUGCCAAGAGCAUCAUCAUUGGCUGGGACCCGCCGCUGGUGCCGGCUGGGUGGGGCAACGUGUGGAGCUAUAAUGUGUACGUGGACCAGGAGUUGCGGGUCAAUGUGCCCUUUGGUGCCCAGACCAAAGCGGUGCUGGAGCGGCUGGACGUAAACCUCAAGGCCUACCGCGUGUCAGUGCAAAGCCUGACGGAGAAGGGCCCGUCAGAGCAGCUGCGCUGCAGCAUGCUAGUCGGCCGGGACGUUUGUGUGGCUCCCACGCAACUGCGUGUGGAGAGGAUCACCGCCACCUCUGCCAACCUGACCUGGCUGCCCAGCAACAGUAACUAUGUGCACAUUGUGUCCUUGAAUGAGGAAGAGUGUGAGCUGGUGAAGGCUGGCUGCUACUCACUGUGCCUCAGUAACCUCUUGCCCAGCCUGCAGUACAACGUCAAAGUGGAGGCGCGGCCGCACCGCACACCAUGGGAGUUACCUGUGGAGCGCCGUGAACACAGAAGCGCCACAAUCACCUUCACCACACUGAUGGCAGGUCCACCUGAUGCUCCUCUGGAUGUGCAGCUGGAGCACGGCCCCUCUCCGGGCAUCGCCCUCAUCAGCUGGCUGCCGGUCACUAUAGAUGCUGCCGGGACCUCCAACGGUGUCCGUGUCACUGGAUACACUAUAUACGCUGAUAGGAAAAAGGUGCUGGAGGUGUCUUCCCCGACAGCCGGCAGCGCCCUGCUCGGGCCCUCUCAGAUCCAAUCCCUGCAGGCAGCUCAGGAGCUCACUGUCCGGACCACCUCUGCCCACGGGGAGUCCUGUGACUCUUUGCCAGUCAAUGUGCCCUCCAAGCUGGUCGCCAUCAUGGCAGGCCCAGCUAUCAGCGCCCCAGCUGUGCCACCCCCUCUACCCUGCGCCCCAGUAGGUCCCAGUAGCCUGCCCUCAUCGCCAUCCUACAUGAACUAUGCUGCCAAAGUCUCCAUGCUGCCCAGCACCUUGCCAUCAGACGCACACAACACUGGCCUCGUAGUGGAGGCUGCUGCCAACUCUCCUAAUGCUCUCCACUCAGAAGACCUUCUCUCAUCUGCCUCAUAUGUAAAGGCCUGGGCCAACCCCUCAUCUGCUGCUGCCUUAGCUGUGUGUGAGACCUCAUUUCCAGUCGCCCCCACCAUAACUCCAGAGGUUAGUGUGACCUCCCCCACCACCUCAGCACCUCCACCAUCUCCAGUAGCAGCACCAGCACCUGAACAUGCACCAGUGAUGGCAGCAGCCGCAGUGUUGGAGCAGCGCAGAGACACGGACAGCCCUGGGACGAUACGUCCUUUUCCAUCCAUCACAGAGUUCAUAGAGGACGCCAGUGCCAAGCUCGAGACCCCUGAGCACAUCCCGCUCCCGCCCAAAGCCCCGAUCACAGACGUCCUUAACGCCCAGGACACAAACCUCCUCCGACCCCCCAGCACGUCGCCGCAGGAUUCAGAGGUAGACGAGGAGCGAGAGAAUAGCCGCCUGGUGUCCAUGGAAGAGUUCCUGAGACAGGAUCAGGAGCCGGCAUACAGCGCGAGGCAGCAGAGUUAUGGCAGAGGGCUUGUGGAGCCUCCCAGUGACUACCAUGCAGACAACAGCCGGUCAGACCUGUCUGACAUUCUGGAGGAGGAGGAGGAGGACCUCUACUCUGACCACUUUGGAGAAGCACAGGCCAGGGGUUACACAGUUGGAGCUAGAAGGUCUCGCAAUUUGGAGCCUCCAGACAGUGAUGAGGAGGUUCUUGAGAGGAUCCUUAAGUUGCCCCCUCAGGUUUACAACAACAAGCAGCUCUUCAUCAUUCCUGAGGUGACAGAUGAGGAAGACAGUGGUCGGGAGGAGCUUUUCACCCACCGCAGCCAGCCUCGGCCCAGGACCGGCCAGCUCCACCCGAGAGACUCAGAGCGCCUUCAUCACGGCCCCCAGCAUCACCAACAUCACCCCAACCCACAGCCGCACGUUCACCCUCACCAUCACCACUUCAACACGGAUCCCAGGUCCCUAACCAAAGAGCCUUCACCCAGGCAUGGACCCAUGCGGGUUAAGCCUAGGACGCAGCAAAGGGUGCACUACGCGGACACAGUGGACACCAUCAGUUAUCCUGAAGAUGAGGACAGUUUAUAUGAGGGUCCCACCGGCAGGCGGUGUCCUCCCCAGCCGACCUCCAACAGCAGAGUGCUGCUUAGAGGACUAGGGGACCGCCUUAGGAGGGAGGCCAUGCUGAGGAGUCAGAGGGCUGUCGCCACGGCAGGCAACCUCAGCCAUGGCCCUGUCCCGCCAAGACCCCACCCGGUCAGCAAAACGGGGCGAACUCCUGUCGGCCAUGAGGGGGAGAUUGACGUGGAGUACGGCACAGAUGAUAACGAGGAGCCCGCCGAGUACGGUCCUGGAGAGGCGGCGAUGGAGCACAUGAACUCUGAGUGGUGGGUGGAAGGGGCUCAGACGGAGCAGUGCAGGUCUCCCCACCGUCGAGGGCCAAAGGCGGAGCCGCUCGUAAACUUCGCCGCAGGCCAGCCACAAUGGGAGCCCAGCCAAAUCCCUCCAGCUGAGGCAGGUCCGCCGUGGGGGGGUCAGGCUGAGCUCUCUUCCAAACCAGCAUGCUCGCAAGCCAGGCAACUCAAAGGUGGGGUCAAUUCAGCAAAGGUCAAAGGAGAUGGUGACGUCAUACGCAUCUUUGUGGCCCUCUUCCCUUACGAUCCCUCCACCAUGUCGCCCAAUCCUGAUGCUGCUGAGGAGGAGCUGCCCUUCUCUGAAGGACAGAUCAUCAAAGUUUACGGUGAUAAAGACGCAGACGGGUUCUACCAGGGGGAGUCCAGUGGUCGUCUGGGCUACGUGCCUUGUAACAUGGUGUCUGAGAUCCAGGUGGAGGACGAGGAAACCCGGCAGCAGCUCCUGCAGCAGGGCUACUUGUCCACAGCGGCCUCCAUGGAGAAGAUAGGCACUCGCACACACGCACAGCUCCCACGCCGCCCUGUUCCACCACCGAAACCGAGGCGAUCCAAGAAAGUGGAGUCUGCAGCACUCUGGGAGGAGAGCGUAGACUCCUCCAGCCAAGAUCCCAGCCAGCCUGCUCCUGUGGCAGUCAAGGCGAGCGUCGCCCCAGGAGCCCGCAGGAUGGUCGCCAUCUUUGAUUAUGACCCACGAGAGAGCUCCCCUAACACUGACAUAGAGGCGGAGCUGACCUUCAGUGCAGGAGACGUCAUACAUGUGUUUGGUGACAUGGACGAAGACGGCUUCUUCUACGGUGACUUGAAUGGACACCGAGGGUUGGUGCCAUCCAACUUCCUGCAGGCUUUCCCAGAGGACGCUCCAGCAGAGCAUCUCCAUGCUCAGCCGGCACCAGAGCAAAAGAGAGAGUCCCAGGGAACUGGGGCGUCUUCUACAGCCCCACAACAUCCCGGAUGCUCGACUGCAGAAGAAUCUUCGUACACCCAAACAGAACCUCCUCUCCCUCACCCGACAACACACACAGACCCACCAUCCAAACCAGCGCCCUCCGCAAGCCCCACUUCAGACCUGGCCCCGGCUCUGGGUCCAGCUAUUGCUCCAGCUGCAGUGGAGGUGUGCUGCUCCCGCCCAGCCCCUCUUCCGGUGGACAGCCCCACAAAGACAGACAGCCCUGCGCAAGGGAAGAAGAAGAAAGGCUUUUUCUCCAAAGGCAAGAAGCUGUUCAAAAAGCUGGGAUCCAGCAAGAAGGAAUGAGAGUUGGGGACACCUGACUCAGGACUCAGCGCCAAAUUGAAUGCACUUUUUUCUUCACUGUUCGUCUCGGUCGGUUCGUCUGUGCAGUUAGCUGCUGUCAGAUCUAACAACUGACGCUUUAACCGUUGGUAACUAUAUAUUUGCCUUAGAGCACUGCAAGACCAGCUGUUUGACAUGUAUGUUCAAACGUCAUAGUACGGCUGACAGCGUCACACGAGCAUGGUGCAUGUUGAAGUGUGCAAAUAUAUGCUUCCUAAUUCUAUAAGCAGUAGCAGAUUUUCCAACUCGUCGGAGGCUUUAAAGGUUCUUUGUGCUACAUUCAGAAAACCCUCGUUAUUAAUGACAGCAGGCGGCAGUCCGCAUCAUGUUGCCGGAGAGCGUGCUCGCAACUCCGUAGGCUGCGUCCUGGCCAUCGGCCAAAGCGGUGACGUUACGUACACCAGACUGAGCGUGGUUGACCAGCAACAUGUUGAUAGAUGAGGUAACCAAAGUAAUUUUAGUUUGACCCUUUUUUAUUUUAUUUGUUUUACCCCCAAAUGGCCAGAUGAGCUUGAAUGAUUUUUUUGUUUUUUGUGCUAACGAGGAUUUCAUGAUGAAGCCUGUGAUGCGAUGGGAGCCGCUCCAAUGUCGACGGCUAACGUUGACCCGAGGCGUCGAGACGAGCUGCUCGGUAACCAAGCAUAAAUUGUCACAUGCUUUGGUACUUUUAUGUAGAAAUCAGCUUUUCUAGGCAACAGAGAAAGUCAGGGAUUAAUACGCGUAAACUGCUUCACGUUCUUUACAUAUAGACCCCAACAGUGGGUCAUAUUUAUUUAUAACCAUGAUCCAUUAGUCCAACACAAACUAAUGUUGAACAGCAGCUCCACACUUCAGGCCCAACUCGGACACAGCUAGUUGUAUAUUGGCGUUAAUGCCCACGUACUCGUGCCACUUUAUUUAGAUGAAGGGAACAAAUAGAAGCUGCAGUUUAUACAUGGUCCGCGUGACUGACAGAAAAAUGCACUAUUCAUCCCGAGUUGAGUUAAAUAUGCCUACUGCGUGUCUCUUGUCUUUAAGAGUAUUUAUACUAUGUACAGAACAUGUUAUUUAUUGCGUUCAGACUCUUGCCCCAGUUGUCGCGUGAAGUGACCUCAGGGUGGGAGGUUCGUCAGGCAGAGAGACGGGGACGGUCCACUUUGAUGUACGUAGUUUAGGUCUAAUUUAUUUGAGGAGGGGGGGCGCUGUUGGUUGAAGUGGAACAUGCUGUUAAAUGUAAAGAGUGUGGAAGUUUGCUCUUCUUUGGUGUGUGUGAGUGAGUGUGUGUGCGUGUGGCUGUGGGUGUAGAUGAAGUUGCACAGUCCACUGGUGUGAACAGAAGCCUUGACAGUUACACAGGAACUCUUGAUAUUUGUGACUACAGUCACAACUAGCUUAAAUGGUGUGUGUGUGUGUGUGUGUGUGUGUGUGUGUGUGUGUGUGUGUGUGUGUGUGUGUGUGUGUGUGCGUGUGCGUGCGUGUGUGCGUGUGUGUGUGUGUGUGUGUGUGCCCAACGUGAAGUCACCAGUCAUGUUUUGUCUUGCCCCAAAUAUAUUCAGUUAACUAAAAUGUAAGAUACAUUUUUAUGAGCAAAUUCUCUCAUAUGAGAACCUAAGGAGUGUCGCCAGGUAUAAUAUGAACCCUUUUCAUAUUUAUACAUUUUGUCUCACCCAUUACAAGUCUUUGUCUUCCUUCUACCUGGGGGAUAAUCAAGCCCUACAUUUUGGAGCUACACUUCCCGAAAUUGGAAGGGAGUGUGGCCACAUGUCACUUGUCCCCAUAUUGCCAUGAAAUCUGAUAUUUAGUUGUGGGCAACAAGUUCUUUUUGGGGGGCUCUUUGUUUAAAUGUACAACAUUCCUGUUCGCUUCCAGGCUGCAGGCCCAAAAGACUCUUGUGCAGCUGCGUAUCCAGAUUAGAAUGACGCAGUGUCAGGAUGCUACAGUGAGCCGUCAGCAGCCCGAUGCUAAACAUACAGUCUGUCAGCCAGUAACAAUAAUCAACUAACAUCAUAACAACUGAACAGAUUUCACCGUUGGCUCCACAAUACUGCGAUGGACUGGGUAAUAAGUCGUUCACGUGUCUUCCCUUCGUGUUUGGGGGUCAGCGAAGUUGAACUUGCAGUGUGUGAACAUUGGCUCAGAGUAAACAGUUUAGUAACAUCUUUUUCAGCCCGUGCAGUGUUUUUUUUUAGUCCAUGCAUUAGCGUCAUAACACCUUCGACUGUUUGGUUUAGCAAUACUAGAAUAAAAAACAGCACCGUGCUGUUUGCGACAGCUUAACGUAGAUGAAGCUGUAGUACAAGUCGGGGUUCCAUGGUGCAUGUGAAUGUUUGGACCGGGCCUCAGUAUUCAGUCACAACAACACGUGCUGAUUCGCUGGAUCUCUGGUCUGGUGUGAUGGCAGACGGCUGCCGGGUCACUUCUCAGGUUUUUUUCAACUUGUAGUUCCUCAUUCGCGCUAAGCCACCUGUUGACUUUCCGCCUGUCGGGAUUGAAAAAAAGCAAAACUGCAUAUGCCAAAAUUAUUAGGUGCUUUGUCUGUUAAGCGUAGCUGUGUGAGAGAGAGCAGCGCGGGGGUUGAGGCGGGGUCGGCCUGUUUUUCACACCUGGUUUCGUUCACGCCGUUGACGUUCCCCACGCGGGCGGACGGAGUCACGCCCCAGUGCUUUUCUUUGAUGUCAUGAAUGUUUGAACGGUUUGUCAGUGUUACAUGAAGGGAGCACGACGAUGAUGAUGAUGAUGAUGAUGGCAAGAAUAUUAAGAGAGGGGCAGACGGACACUUAGACGUGACGUAGCGAGGAUAGAGGCGAGGCCGAGGCUGUGCUGUGUGUUAAAUUUUGUUCUUCUCAUGUUGGUUUAAAGAGGGAGCGGGUGAUCAAAAGUUGCCGGAAUGUACAGCGAACAUUGUGUACUGAUCUUGUAUUCGACGGCCUUUUAAUGCACAAGUAAUAACCCUCGAGCUCCGCUGGUGACUGAGGAGGACCUCGACCCACAUAGGCGUAGUGUAGCUCAGCCCGUCAUAUUUAGCCUUACAGGAAGACCUUGUUUAGUCUUACCAUGUUGUUUACAGGAUGUUUUAUUGACUGCAUGCAUUAACUAUGUUAUACCCAUGUUUGGCCUUAUUUAUGUUCUUGUCAUAUUUCAGUUUUUUCUAGACAGGACUCGUCUACAAUGGUUGACUUGUAGAUUGUCAAUGCAGUUGGGGAGAAGCCGUAGGAGCUCAGUGUAUAUAAUGAACAGUUGUUGGGCCUUGUGCGGGAAACUGUAAUUUUCUUUUCUUUUCUUUUCGUCUUUCCUGAUCUGCAUUCAUUGUUUGAAACCAGUGGAAGAUGAACCUUUGUUUAUAUAUAUAUAUAUAUAUAUAUAUAUAUAUAUAUAUAUAUAUAUAUAUAUAUAUAUAUAUAAUGCCGAAUUGAUCAUCUGUAAAUAUUUUGUUUAUAUUGUUUUUCAGUUGUUUCUUUUCGCAUGACCAGGCAGUGUUGAUGGAGGAACAUUAACAUAAGAUGUAGUGUGCACACACACACACACACACACACACACACACACACACACACACACACGCACAGAGGACUUCUUGACUUGAAAUUGUGAUGUUUUCUUUCCAUAUGGAUCUUUUUACAGGAAUAAAGUAUGUUUAUUUUCUCAGAAAACA